CCCAUCCAGUUGGCAGCGCUCUUCCGUUCAUAAAAAUAAACAGACCACAGAUAUGUUUACCGCCCGAUUGCUCCCUCGGUUGCAGCUCCACAGACCUAUUUUGGCCAGGAUUAGAUGCCUGCCCAGGUCUGCAGACGUCGCUGGAGAAGGGAAGCUUUCCGGCACCACAAAUACAGGACUAAGUCCGGUAAGUGGCGGAAGCUUAGUGCACCGGCGACUCUUUGGCAGCCAAGUGGACGAGGAAUCCAGCCUGGACAGUGCCACCUACGAACGCGUGUGUUCGGAGACGCUGGACGCACUCUGCGACUACUUCGAGGAGCUGACAGAGAACGCACAGGACCUGCCCGGCAGCGACGUGGCGUACGGCGACGGGGUGCUCACCGUGAACCUGGGCCAGAAGCACGGCACCUACGUGAUCAACCGGCAGACGCCCAACAAGCAGAUCUGGCUCAGCUCCCCCACCAGCGGGCCCAAGCGCUUCGACUUCGUGGGCAGCCAAGCGGCGGGCAGGUGGGUCUACAAGCACAGUGGACAGUCGCUGCACGAUCUGCUGCAGCAGGAGAUACCUUCCAUAUUGAAGGCCCAGUCGGUCAACUUCCACCACCUGCCCUACUGCAGUUAGGCGCCCGGAGCUUAGUCUAAUUAUGGAGCCCAGGAAUAAACUGUGAUGUGAGCUGAUUACGGUUUGGUUGUCGCCGGCGCCGGGUUUAAAUAGAUAAACAAAAAAUAAUGAGACUGUAAGAAUAAAUAAAACCAAAUCCCCCUCCCCACUUGA